AUGAAGCGUUGGCGAUUGUGAGCAUGAAUGGCAUUAGUGUCAUGGCGUCUUCUAACCCUUCUAACAGUCGUUAUUACACUGCACAUGUUAUUAUGGACCAAAUAUUGAGAAAAAAAAUGUUAGCAAUAGCACUUCUAGCACUUGCAGAGCUAAUAGAUUCAUCAUCAUCCGACAGCGAUAGCGACGAAUUAGACUUGUUAUCGUCAUUUGACAGCGAUGAUAAUAUAGAGUGCAUCGAAUCGAGCUGCAGUCGUUCUAGCAGGGAUGCGUCGUUCAACACCAAGCCGAGGCACGUGAGGCGUCUGAACUUUGGAAAAUCGAUCCUCGCGCUCGACGCCCCGAAGCAGGAUUCCACCUCGGAUCGUGCUCUCGUGAUUGAUCAGAAUGUGGUUCACAUACCGCGCACAGACAAGAAGGAUUACGUACGCAUGUGGCUGGAGACUCAGGGGAACGAUGUAGCAUCGAACGACGAUCGGUCCCAAUCGUCGCCCGUUCUUGGGACAUCGUCGAUUGAUACCUCCAAGAAAUCACCGAUACUCGUUAAUAGCAGGAAGCAACCUAAGAAAAAGAUCGAUAUAAAUACACAUGCUAGAGUGGAAAGGAUAGACAAUGUGGAUUCCCACGAGAACGCAGAACCUUCUACAAGUUGUAUGCUACAAUCUAAACUAGAUUAUAGAAGAAAUAAGGAGAAGAACGAAAACCAACAGGAAUGUUUAAGCGAGGCACAUUGCACACCAUCUUGUGCAGACGAUGAAACUGAUGAAACAUCUCCUGUCCUUACACAUUAUAAGAAGCGAAGAAAAUUACAGCAUGAAUCAGACGAUGGCAUUUCUCCAAAAUAUAUAAAAUUACGCAAUAAUAAAGUCACAAGUACCAAUAUAAAUCCAGUAAUAAAACUUGAUAAUAAUCAUAGUAUUCUGGAUUAUGAUAAGUUGGAAGAAAAUGCAGAUGGCAAAAUUAAAACAAUUUCUUCUUCACAUGAGGUAAAAGAAAGUUCAGAAAAACAUAGGCAAAUGUUUCUAUCACCGAUACAAGAUAUAUUGAAUUUUGAAGACAGUUCAAGUAAUAAUACUGAUAAAAAAAUCCCAAAUAUAGAAAUAGAUGCAAGUAAUGAUAGCAAAGACAAUGAAUGUAAUGAACUUUUCAAUACACAAAGCAGUAGUAGCAGUAAUGAUGAAUGUAAUAAACUUUUCAAUACACAAAGUAGUAGUAGCAAUAAUAAUCUGAGCGAUCUCAUAGAGGAUGUUGAUACACAAGAAACUGUGAAGACAUCUCAGCUUUUAAUACCAAAUAAAUCCUUGAUUCCUUCGAGACAACCAUUUACAUUAUUACAACUAACUGCCGAUCACUUGGACAAAACUUAUUGUUCAGAAGCUGAAACAAUACAGGAUGAAAAUACACCAUUGUCUGCAAAAAUCUCUCAGGUACCAUCUUUUAAUAAAACGACUCAAAAGACAGAUAGCAAAUCAAAUCAAACUGAUGCAAUUAUUAGUACUAUAACUACACCAUCAAAAAAGUCUCCAGACAAAAGUGUGUAUACGCAACUUUUGGAUUCUGGAAAAAAACGUCGCAAAUCUAAAAAAGGAAGCAUGGUUGCAAAACUACAGUCUUUGAUUAAUGCACAAGUAUCCAAUGUUCGUAUAUGGCGUCAUCGACUGAAUAAGGAGCAUGAUGCUGCAUCAAUGCGGUUCAUCAGUGUAUUUGUACGCAACUGUAGAAAGCAAUUUGGCAAUCAGUUUCUGGAAGGAACCUUGAUCGAGGAUACUUUUAAUCUCUUGCAAUGUGAUGUAGAAAUUGAAGAAGCAGAAUCGCAUAAUAUUCAAGCACAACGAAAGGAAAUUUUGCAUAGGAAUAUAACAAUUAUGCUAGUCUGUGAUAUUGUCGGUACAUUAAAAAUGACGUCGGAAGUUGUGAUAAACGUCUAUCCGCCUUGGAAUAUUUUAGAUAAACACAAUCUUACCUUGGAAGCAACGUACAUAAGUAUAAACGACAAUCUCGAAGUACCUGAUAUUAUUAGAAAUAAGAAUAACUCGCAUAAACAUAAGAAACAAAUUGUCAAAGAGUUUAACUGCCUUUGCAUAGAAGAAGGAAGAGAAUUUCCAUUCUGUGCGAGAAAGCCUAACAGUGAUAAACCUGAUGUGAUGCAACAAAUAUUUGAUUUUUUUAGAAUAAUGUCGAUAGCUCAAGAUCGUCCCGAAUUGUAUGAAGAAGUAAAGCUCUAUAAAAAUGCCCGAGAAAGAGAAAAGCAUGACAAUCAAGCAGAUCUGUAUGCUGUGGUAAAUACAUUGCAACAUUUGGAAAAGGCUUACAUCAGGGAUUGCGUGACUCCAAAGGAAUACACGGCAGCAUGCAGCAAAUUGUUAGUACAAUAUAGAGCAGCAUUUAAGCAGGUACAAAGUGAUCAGUUUCCAACAAUUGACUCUUUCACCAGAGCAUUUCGAUUAGAUUGUCCAGCUGCACUUGAGAGAAUCAAAGAGGAUAGACCUAUCACAAUAAAAGAUGACAAGGGCAACACCUCCAAAUGUAUCGCAGACAUUGUUUCAUUAUUUAUCACACUUAUGGAUAAACUACGAUUGGAAAUCAAAGCUAUGGAUCAGUUACAUCCAGAUUUAAGGGAUCUCAUGGACACCAUGAACCGUCUUAGUAUAUUACCAAGCGAUUUUGAUGGCAAAGAAAAAGUUGCAGAAUGGUUACAAACUCUUGACAAUAUGUCUGCCUCGGAUGAAUUAUCCGAUACUCAGGUCAGACAAUUGAUAUUUGAUCUUGAAACAUCUUAUAAUGCUUUCAAUAAGAUACUUCAUAAUUCUUAAUUCUUUAUGCAUUUUUGCCAAAUUAAUGUAAUAUCAUCUAUAAUACAAAUCUUAAUUUAUAUAUCA